GUGGGUGUGAGAUGUGAUUGUAAACAAAGCUGUGAAAUAGUAAACACAGACACAGUCUUCAGACACGUGGCAAUCGGUGGUCAAUAGUGGUGUUCGUUAAGCGCUUUUGGAUCCGAUGACAAACCCGGACCCAAUCAAUUACGGUGAGAGUCUUCGGACGCGGGAACCGCUGUUUUCAUUCCCGACGGACGACUUGACCGCCUCUGACUUCACCCGUAAUCUCACGUUCAAGACGUACGAGUUGUCGAAGAAUCAGAUCCAGGCGGAGAUCGGAUUGAUAUCACCGCAAGAGUUCCGGUUGGACUGUCUGAAGAACAACGCAGCGGUCGAUGAGAUCAUUGAUAGCAUAAAGAUAACGCCCAGAAAAAUAAACGGACAUCAGUUUGAGCUGAAUGUCAAACACUAUCAUUACGUGAUCUCAUUUCUUAAGUAUCUUCAGGAAGAGAGGUAUCUGACGGUGAACUUCAACCGACUGGACAGGUAUAUGAUGAACGCGUUGAUUGAGAACAGUCAGCGCAACGGCAAUAUCAUGACAUUCAUCGAGUGUACAGUCAAUGGCCGCAAAGAGAUCAUCGAAUCGCUCGAAGACAGUGCGGAUCACUCCAACUCCUAUCAGUUUAUGCACAGACACGACAUGUUCACCGAUUUGACACAAAAUCAAUUGAUUGCCUUCUAUUCGGCGAUCAUUCGGGAGGGAAAGUGUAUUCUUUUCGGUGAACUCUACGGCAAAACCUUGACUUCACUCACGAUUAUGACAUACUUUCGGGAAGACUGGCCACUGGUUAUAGUGUGCGAUCGCGACCGACAGUCCCAUUGGUCGACCGAACUCUUGUUCCGUCUCAACAAACCCUCCGAUGAGUGGCGUAUAAAGGAGUGCACGACUGUCGAAGACAUUUACGUAUAUCCGGAACCGUUUCACGACAUUAUGAUCAUUAACUACGACCUCUACUAUGAGAUCAAAGACACGCUAAGCUUUCGGACACUUAACCUAAAGGCCUUUAUCUUCGAGGAUCAGUCCAGACAUGUCUCCAGUAGUAGGAGUUGGAAGAAAUUGUCCUCUUGUGUGGAAAAGGGAAACCUUUCCAAAGCUAAACGUAUUAUAUUUGUGUCCACCAAAGAGGGCAUUGACUUUAAUGCCGCAAAAGAUUUCUACUCAUUGGUCAAAAUACUAGAUCCCAAGACAUUUGAUGACUUCGAACACUAUUCCAACAGAUAUAUGGAGAAAAAGGAGCCCAAAAGGGAGCGAAAUCUAUUUGAAUUGGAAAUACUCUUGAGAUCCACUACUUUAAUACCAAUCGCCUUUUAA